UAGCAGAUGUAUUUAGACAGUACUUAGAUAUACCCUUCUAACUUGUAACGCUUUACAUUUGUUCUUAUCACCGCACGCGGUGAUAUAUUUCUUCGAAUGUAAAUGUACAUAGAAAUUUGUUUAUUAUUAUGUUUCCCAUGCUGUGAACUAAUAAUGCGAUAAUAUUGAAAACUUAAUUUUCUUUCACAAGACUAUGAACAUAAUCAUGUAGAGUUCACCGUAAGGAAGAUGACGCCUCAUUUUGUAGCUUUGACCCCUGUACGAAGACGAUGUCUGAUCAUACUCUCAAUAAUAUUAAUACCAUGCGCCAUUUUAAAUCUUCUAUCACCUUCAGACUUAAAUGAAGAGACAGUCUUACAAAAUAGCAUUGCAGAACUCCAAGCCAAACUGGAACAUUUACAUGCUAAAUAUGUUACAAGUCAGGAAGAAAUAAACUUGUUAUCGCAUCAGUUAUUGCAAUUGAUAGAGAACAAUCACAUUUUACCAGAUCUUCAAUUUCUACUUAACAAUGCUACAACAAACAUGACUAAUAUAAAGUUACCAUCUAUAUACAAUUUUCUUCCACAUUUUUUAAAUGAUCCUAAUAGUUUGCGACCAGCAUUUGUCCAAAGUAAAGGACGCACUGGAAUCAGUAUGGUUUUAGGAGUACCAACGGUCAAAAGAGAAGUGCAGAGCUAUUUAAUGGCAACACUUAAGAAUUUGUUGGAUCGCAUGAAUCCUGCAGAAACAGCAGACACUUUGAUCAUUGUUUUAGUUGCUGAAACAGAUUUGGACUAUGUGGCGUAUGUUGCAAAGCAAAUUGAAGUUCAGUUUCCAACUGAGUUCGAGACUGGUGUAAUUGAUGUGAUAUCCCCGUCUGCGUCUUAUUAUCCAGAUUUAUCUAAAUUGCGUGACACUUUAGGCGACGAUCACCAGCGAGUUGUUUGGAGAUCAAAACAAAAUUUAGAUUUUGCAUUUCUUAUGUCAUAUGCUCAGACAAAGGGAACAUUCUAUGUACAACUAGAGGACGACAUUUUAGCUAAAAAAAAUUUUAUAACUACAAUGAAAUCUUUUGCACUGCAAAAAAUCGUGACUAAAGAAAAUUGGUUUGUUUUGGACUUUUGUCAGUUAGGAUUCAUCGGAAAAUUAUUUAAGUGUGCAGAACUGCCAUGGUUGAUCCAAUUUUUUUUAAUGUUUCAUAAUGAUAAACCAGUCGAUUGGUUACUGGACCACUUGGUUUCCACUAAAGUUUGUAGUCUUGAUAAAGAUAGUAAACAUUGUAAAAUGGCUAAAGCAGAGUUAUGGGUUCAUUAUAAACCCUCCCUGUUUCAACAUAUAGGAACACAUUCUUCGUUGAAGGGAAAAGUACAGAAAUUGAAGGAUAAACAAUUCGGCAAGAUAACAUUAUAUUAUGCGCAUGAGAAUCCGGAAGCAACAGUUGAAACGCAAAUUAAAUCUUAUAAACAAUACACAUUACAAAAAGCGUACAAAGGAGAGUCGUUCUUUUGGGGUCUUUUGCCGCAACCAGGAGACCACUUAAAAUUUAAAUUUUUGCAUCCCAUUUUUAUAAAAAGGUACUUAUUCAGAAGUGGAAAUCCUGAACACCCGUCUGAUAGAUUUUAUAACACAACGGUAGAAGUGUUCUCCGAGAUAUCUGCUUCUUUAAAUAGAAAUAGUAACGACGUAACCGAAGACGGCUACAUCGUUAUAGGAAAAUUUGAUGCACUGGGGAUUGCUCAGGGAACAGUAGAUAAAAAAUUCGGAAAAAUAUUAAUACUUCGCCUAACUGUACACAGUGAAAGUGAAAAUUGGGCCAUCUUAUCCGAGAUUCAUAUAGUCGAAGAUCAUCCCAGUUGACCCCCGGAAAAGGUAUUUCAACAUUUCUUGCGGCAUCACUUACAGGGAUAAUAUAUAUAUAUAUGUUUUAAUUAAUGACUAAAUUAUUUUUAGUUUAAGUCUUGUCACAAUGUGUCGAGUAGGUUUUAAUUGAAAAAUUAUUCGUUUAAUGCCGUCCAGUGCAAAAAAAUAUGUUGGCAAAAGUUCAUCUAUGCGAUGAAUUUGAGAAAAUACAUUCAAUUUUUGAAGAAAUAGACGUUAUGCUCUAUAUUAUAUGGGACGACAAGGUCUUAUGCUCUGUUAUUAACAAAAUUGUGUUCAUUUUUAUAAG